AUGGGAGCAUCUCUGAGAGAACAUUCGUCUUUUGUGCGGCCGUCGACUCGAGACCGCCCGUCGACUCGUGGAGAGGGGGAAAAUUCGCUGGUCGUCCCCAGUCGCACAUCAUCGCUACACUCCCGUAUCACCCAACCCAUUCCUUCAAGUCUCAACAUGAAGCCCGCUCAGCGGACACCCAAAACUUUGACCCACGCCUAUAUGGUCUGUGGUGUUGGCCGUGAGCCAUCGCAAUGGGUCAAGGCUCCUCCCCCAGAUCAGGGAAAGAUUGGCCACAUGAAAGGCGCCGUUGGCCAAUUCUGGCUUCCCGAGAUUCUGGGCAGUAGCCCCAGAUUAGAGCAGGACAAUGAGAUUGCUCGCGCCCUGCACGCUGCCAUGCGGGCUUGUUUCCCUCACGAUGUCGAAAUCUGCACAGGCAAGAGCCAGCCUCACUGUGCCCACCACGCUUUCGUUUUGCAACAAGAUUCUUCUCACACUCUGUACGGUAUCGCGCUGCGCGUCUGGUCCCGUGCUGAUGAGAAGCGGGCUGAGACCAUCCGCGAAUUGCGCAAGAAAACCGAGCCCGACUUUUAUGACAACCCUGAUGAGACCUACUGGAUCCCCUAUUGCUUGAGUUUCCUGUCCCGAUAUCCGUUGUAUGACCUGCUAGGUGACUACCUCCGGGGUAUGUGGAUUCAUUGGAACAAGGCCACAAACUUGUUCCACGCCGAGGAAGUCUCUCGGAUUCUCAGCUUCCCAGCUCCUCGUCUGAACGACUUGGUUCGCAUUGAUAUGAAGGAUUAUGCCCUGUGUUACCAAUUCCCAUCCUCGCCAACCGGCUUCCAGAACUUCGCCAUGUGGCCGCUCUUUAAUUGUCUUUCAAUCCCCAACAUCGUCGGUGUUAUCGAGGCCGCCGUUUCGCCCACCCGCCGUAUCAUUUUUGUCAGCCACUACCCGGCUAUGUUGACUGUGGCCGCUGAGACUAUCCGUUACUGUGUUCGCGUGUACGAGUGGAGCGGUCUUUACGUGCCUGUGGUGCACGCUCGCCAUGUCAAGGAGCUUGUUCAGGAACCAGGUCCUUACAUCCUGGGUAUCACCGCUGAGUGCCGUACUCUAUUCAAUGCUCCCUCCGAUGCGCUGGUUGUGGAUCUCGACCGCAACUUCGUUCUGACUUCCAGCCCACCCAACGUCCUCAACCAGGGCCAGCGGACCAAGUUCAUCACCCGAUUGACCCAGUCCCUGAACGGGGAUGUCUCGCCCUCUGGUGUCCCCGCUCAUCUGCGUUCGGCUUACGCUGGCGGCAAGUUGAUCCCUGCUGGUCAGAUUAUCGUCAUGCGCGGCGAGGUUGAGAGCGUUCAGGACCCCAACUGGUGGAACCAGGAUGCUGUCAUGGGAGUCAUGGACCACGUCUGCGAGAAGCUCGGUCGCAACACUGGUAUGAAGGCCAUCUUCGGUGGCGCUGUCAAGAAGCCCCUUAUGACCAAGGUCUCGAUGCGUCACCUGAACGAGAUUGUUCGUGAGCGCAAUCAGUACUCCCGGGAUGCCAUGGAGGCCUGGCAGGACUUCAUCAACCUCAAGGGACGCAUGGACACCGAGCUCAGCAAGGUCACCAAGCGCAACAACUUCCUUGUCGAGGAGCUCGAGACCUGGAAGCAGCAGUUCCUCAAGUUCCAGGCCUUUGCUGAGCAGCUGACCAAGGAGACCUCUGAGCUCAAGGUUAAGAUUGAGAACCACAAGCGCGAGAACCGUCGCCUCACUGGUCUCAUUGACCAGCAGAAGGAUGAUGUUGCUCGUCUGACUCUCCGCCUGUCUGGUACUGAGAAGCAGCGCGAUGAUGCCCUGGAGGCUCUGGUUCUGCAGCAAGAGAUUGCCGAGGAGCUGGAGCGUGAGCGCAAGCGCAACCAGAAGCAGAUCUCUGGACUGACGCAUGCUAACGCUACACUCUCUCGCCAGCGUGACGAUGCCCACCGCGUGGUUGUGCACCUGCGCAGCCUCAUCAGCGGCCAGAGCCACCACAUGGAUCACAUCGUCCGCUCCAUGGGCAAUUCCGCGGAAAUUACUGAGAUUAUCGAGCAGGGCUACGAAGAUGCGCCCGAAGAGCCCGCGGACAACAAGAGCGAGAGGAGCGUGGUGGGGAAGAAGUCGAGCAGGAAUAUCGGUCGAAAGUCUUCGGUAAAUCAAAUGAGCCCCGCGCUGGAGCAGUCCCUGCUGAACCUCAACAAGGAUCACAAGUCCCUUGCCCGUCUCAGCAUCACAGAUGUUGCGGACCGAUACCUCCGCGACAAGACAGAUGCCAUUGCAGACAUUAUCCGCAGCAUCAGCGACCAAUGUGCUGCUGCCGUCGAAGGCCUCCACCUCGCCCAGGACGCCGCGGACGAGGAAUCCAUCAUCUCCCAGACCCACGAACGCUCCGACUACGAGAGCGAAGAUGGUCGCACUACCCGCGCCACUAGCGAAAUCAGCGACGUUGACCACAACUCGCUCCACCCUGACAACCGCCACUCGAGCAUUCCUCCCACCCCCGACCUGGUCCACAACCGCUCCAGCACCUCCAUGUCCAUGGUCAGCAGCUCAACUUUCCCCGAGCGAUCAAGCCAGCAGUAUGGUCCCGGCGAUAUCCCGACCCGCAUCGUGGAGGAUGACGAUGAGCACACCCACGAGACCGACGGUAUGGAUGACCGGACUGAGACAGGCACAUUGUCCAAGCAGGCCAGUGAAGACAUCAUGCGGCCCCAGACUGCCCGUGUGAUCUCGUAG